UCAGCGAUGCUGCGAUCGUAGAAGCACACGCGAUAUUCCUCCAGUCAACGAAGCGCUCUGCAACUUCGGAAAUGCCCUAAAACAAGCCGAUAGAUGACUAAAGCCUGCUUUGGAGUAGCAGUUAGUCGAAUUAGAAUCACUACAAUAGACAUAGCAUCUCAAGACGACCAGCAUGUUGCCUUGGAAGAAGAAUAAAUUCGAGCUGAUCGAGGAAGACAAGCAGCAGUCCAAGCAGAAGGGCUAUGCCGUGAGCCUCAACUACUCCGCGCUCACCUCCUUCGCCAAAUCCUGCCCGGAAAGCGCGCUCAACCGAGUCGGCAGCAUGUUCAAAUCCAAGAGGAAAAAGGUGAAAAUCACCAGCGAGGACCCUACGUAUACUGUCUUGUACCUGGGGAACGCGACCACCAUCCAGUCGAAAGGAGACGGAUGCACGGAUGUGGCUGUCAGCAAGAUAUGGGGCAAAAGCGAAAUGGGCAAAAAUGGCACAAAGAUGAAGUUAACCAUCAGCUCGCAGGGCAUCCGAAUGGUGCAUGUCGACGAGAAGGCAAAGAGACCGGGACAUCUGUAUUUGUUGCACAGAAUCACCUAUUGCGUGGCAGACCCCCGGCUUCCCAAGAUAUUCGCUUGGAUCUACCGGCACGAGAUGAAGCACAAGGCGGUGAUGCUGCGCUGCCACGCAGUGCUGGUCUCCAAGCCGGAGAAGGCGAAGGCGAUGGCGCUGCUCCUCUACCAGACCUCCGCGACCGCCCUAGCCGAGUUUAAGAGACUCAAAAGAAGGGAUGAUGCCCGGCACCAGCAGCAGCAGCUGAUUGGGGAGCAAACUAUCCCAUUGGUGCCCUUAAGGAAGCUGCUAAACGGACAGUGUUACUAUAAACCCCCGGUGGAGCGCAGCAGGAGCGCGCCCAAACUGGGCUCAAUCACGGAGGACCUGCUCGGGGAGGAGGAAGAGGAGAAAGCCAUGCAUUUUGAGUGCGAGGAUAUUCUGGACACUGAUAGCGACUGUGUGGGAAAUGGCAAGCAAGAACUGUGCCAGAUUAUAAACGAUUUAGGCUCCAUGUGUAUAGGGAACGACGUGCAGACGCUGAAAGCCGACCUGAGAGUGACUCGCCUGCUGUCUGGGGAAAGCACCGGGAGCGAGUCCUCCAUAGAGAGCAACAACCAGGAGACUGUUUCCGUGCCCAAUGGCAUCGCGGAGGGGAAAAUGCAAGAAGUUGCCUGACAUUGAGUGAAUCUUUUAGACUGUCUCAGCAAUGCUUCAUGGUAAUGAUGAUGAUGAUGAUGCACUGCAAAAGAAAAUAUUGUCUUUCUUUGAGGUUUUGUCUUGCUUAAAGUACAAAAUCUAAAUAUAUUUAUAUCAAGAAGCAUUUUCUAGACCAGUACAAAUAUAGUUGUGUUUUCAGAAAACAAAACAAGUCAAAAUCAAGUAAAUUUUCCCCUAAAACAAGUAAAUUAAUCACAACAUAAAUGUAAUUUUAAGAAGCAACAUGUUUUACUUGUCUAGAAAGUGCUUCUUGAUUUAAAAAGGUUUAGAUAUUUGCUGUAGAAACAAGUAAAAACCUCUAUAAGACAAUCAUUUUUUUUGCAGUGUGAGAGUUUUUGGGUGCAUGAAUGUGCCAUUUCAUCCACUUGACUUGAAAGCGUGCUGUUAUAGGGUUCACAAAUGUGAAAACCUAGUGAGCUGCCUAUCUAGAAAACAACAACAACACCAACAAAAAAGAUUGCAGCCUUAAGUAAAAUCAGUUGUGCCAAAGUUACAAAUGCACUUUUGUAACUAUUUUCUGUGGCUUUACUGAUUGUUGUUACAUGACAUGCAAACAUUUUAUACAUAAAAUGCUGUCUAGAUAGACAGCUCGCUAGGUUUUUGAGACAGAAGCCAUGGAUGUGUUUGUGGAUUUAACAGACACUCGCACAAUAAUCCCUCAUUAGGGGUCUGGAUGGAAGCACUCUGCGCAAUAAGACGCUUAAAGUCUCUGCUUAACCUCUCUGUGCUGUAAGAGGUUUUUAGGAGAGAUCUUGUUUACCUAAUAAGUUUCCCUCACGGAAAUGCUUUUCUUUUGUUCCUUAUGCUUUAAUGUCCUGAGAUAUGUAACUCGUUCGUUCUUUCUAUUUCUCUUUCAUUCUUUGGAAAGAAGAAGUGUCUAAACUAACUCAACAGUAAGUUACAAAACUACUUUCCUUUCAGGAUGUUUCAUUUGACUUUUUUUCUUUUGCACUGUGGUGGAAUUCAGACAAGUAUUAUGCUAUUAUUUAUGUGCAACAUGGUUUUCCUAUACAUGUUCUUACAAACAUAAACGUUUUAUCUUUGCUGUGCAAAAGAAACAAUUUUCCUGAUGUACAGAGAUGUAUAUGUUAAAUAUGUGUAAACAAAAUGCAUUAUUUUUUAAAACGAUGUGGUUUGUUUCUGUGAACACCAAUAAAACAGUAAAACAUA